UCAUCCACCGUACCACAUUACCAACAUUACGGUUUCUCUCUCUCUCGCACCGAAAGGAAGAUCUCCCUGCUCCGUCUCGGAGAGAGAUUCAGGUACAGAGAGAGAGAGAGAGAGAGAGAGAGAGUUGGGAGCUGGAACCACAGAAACAACGCCAAUGGACGACUACACUCGGGAGAUGAUGGACCUCAAAACCCUCGUCACCCGAACCCUAGAAAAAAAGGGCGUCCUCGCCAAGAUCCGAGCUGAACUUAGAGCAAAUGUAUUUGAGGCAAUAGAAGAAGAAGAUAGGGCAAUAGAAAAGGAAGAAGGUUUACCUCCUGCACUGUUGGGUAGUUGUAAUGACCGUGCAAAACAACUUCAUGCUUCUCCUUCAGGAAGACUUCUAACUGCCCUGGUGUGUGAAUACCUGGACUGGGCACAAUUAAGCCACACACUAAAAGUUUAUCUGCCAGAGUGUAAUUUGCAAAAGGAUUUCUGGAAAGCUGAGUUAAAAGAAUUUAGUAGCAAUAAUGGAUAUGAUCUUAACAGGAAUGGAGAUAGUGGCCCUUUGCUUUUGGAUGUUCUUGAAGGAUUCUUGAAGUAUGAGAAUUUAUCCCAAACCAGGAGCUCUGGAAGGAGAUUAAUCACUCCAGAAACUGAAUCCUCUUCCAGUUUAGAAUCACGUAACUCUAGAAGACCACCGCCACCAUCUGUUGCUGGGGGGUUACCUCCACUUGGAAGGCCAAUCGCCGCUUCCCAAGCAUCUGAUAGGAGAGGAGGAUCCUCCAUAUCUGGCUACAGGAAAGAUGAUUACAAUUGGAGAUAUGACAAUGAUGAACCGACAGAUGAUGUCUUCCGGGCUUCUUCUGCUUUGGAAAAUCUUCAAUUGGACAGAAAAGCUCGGAAUCUGACCAGUUCUUGGAGGCAUGGUGGGGAUGGUGUCACAGAGGGUGAUGGCAGGGUAGACCAUAUAUAGCUGAAUGGUUGAAUGGUAUUUAAGUUACUGCAAGUGUACCUUUGUUGUGUACUCUUCUCCUUCAUUGUUCAUCACAUGGGUUACUCCCUUCAAGUGGGGUUAGUGGGGUGAUAUCAUGUAAGGUUAUUAUUGUAAGCAUCUUGCAUAUUUUUUUUGUGUGCUAGUGAAUUUUCGUUGAUUUAGGUGGGUGGGUGUAAUUUCUAUAUCUUCAACGACAAUGACUUUCUAAGAUGGCACCAUGUUGAUACAA